GUAGCUUUGGUAAGGCCAUUUCAAAGCCAAUCGGCAAGACGAGAUACUUCAAUCCCGCGAAGUUUCGUCAUCUUCAGGUUAUUGUACUCUUCUCGAGGCAGGCAAGCGCUAGUGAACAGUUGUAGCUUCAACAGCUUUCUGCGCCGGAUAACAGCUGAUCUGGCUCGAGAAGAAGUCACUAUGAAUCGAAGUGAGCAGAUUUACACAGACCAGACUACUAUGAACAUAGAAAGAAGGAGCAAGUUCUCACAUGUUCUCACAUCACCCAUCAUCGCCGUGACUGUUGGAAAGUCAAGAACGUUCUACCUCCACAAAGAUAUCAUCACGGCAGAAUCGGAAGUGUUUCUGAAGGCUCUCACGGAACCGUUCAAAGAAGCGAAUGAGCAUGCUGUCAAGUUAGACGAUGAGAACCCCGAGCUCUUCAGGUAUUUCGUCAAAUACCUUUACCGUGAUCGCUCAAUCCUUUCACGUCGAAUUGCACACUAUUCCGAGUUAGCUACAUUAGCACGUCUAUAUGCUAUGGGGGAGCGCCUAAUGGCAUAUAAGUUUCAAUCUUGUGUCCUGCCGAGAUUCACCGAAGCUGUCAACUAUAGCACUCAGGUAUCGGAAGAAGUCAUUUGCGACAUGCUCCAGACCGCAUGUACCAAAAUGACCAAACGGAUGGAAGAAGACCUCAUGAGAUCGCUAAUAUUCUGGUAUGCGGCAUACAGAAUUUCAAAUUUACAACAGUCUAGAAUUUUCCAGCAGAUGCUCAACGAGAUUCCUGAGCUGGGAAAACAAAUUUGCCUAUGGAUGGCAAAAGCUCAGCCAGUGGAAUUGCCCGUUCCCAGCCAUAAUAGGGAUCAGGCCUCGAACCCAAAGUUCGCCCCGGAAAGCGAGUACGGUCCACCAGGCUCACCUGAGUCUAGUGAAAAAGCCGCGAACCAAAACCCGAGGAAAAAUGAAAGAUGAGGCUGAACGGGAAUGCAGCAGCUACGCUAGGAUAAUCCAUGUGAAGAUCGAAGAUGGGCAAGGAAUUUUCUAGAGUCACAGUCGGGCGAUCUACCAACUUAUUUGGCAAGUUGCGGCUGAUCUUAGAUGCGUUCAAGAUCAGAUGGAAUAUGCACUCGAGUCAAUUCAAGGGACCACUGUGUACUGCAUACUAUGUACAUCAUAUAUGUAUACGUUAGGACUCUUUAAUCAAUUCAUCAUCACCCUCGAUCCCCUCCUCCCCAUUAGCGUCUUGCUUUCAGUGUCUCCCAUAGUAUUCUUAGAGAAUGAUGAAGCUGCUCGCAGUUGGCAAAGCGAGUUGGUCUAUGGUAUCAUGAGAACC